AUGUCUCAAUUCAACUCUGUGCACUACGGUUCAUUGGACGGAGUGUUGGAAUUCAAAAUCCCAGAGGCAGCGAAUAGUUCCAAUCAAGACGAGAGCCCGAGUACUCCCGACUUUGAAGAUCCCUCGGAUGCUUCCACAAGCUUCUACGGCCACAAACCAGCCAACCCAAAGUAUCCAAAGGGCCCAAAACUCUCGUCCGACAAAGUUGAGGAGGAGCUCCUAGCCUUUGCCGGAUCCGAUGGGCCCAUGAGCGCCGCUCUAAAUAGUCUAUUCUCAGAUGCCAGAUGGCGUAGCCAACUAAAGCCGAUUCCACUCAAUAUGCUGCGGGGUGAGCCAUUGCGCGUUAAAGAACGUGAUUCAUCUGGUCAAAAUUGGUGGCCUUGUCAAUUGGGCUGCCCCGGCGGCAUCCCAGUUAAUGGACACGGUCCCAUCAAGCAGGCGACCAAGGUCACUGACCACAUCGACUGGCACUUGGGGAUACGACGAUAUGCGUGCGUCCAUUGUAACAAAAAAUUUCCUUUGAAGCAAACAGUAGAACGACAUUUGAACACCCACAGCGAGUCCCGGACAUAUUCUCCUUGCCCAAACAAUUGUGGCUUCAAAACGAAGGUCGAGGACAAAGUAUCCAACAUCACACGCCAUCUUGAAGCUUGUCCCAAUGCGUCCCCAGGACAUUCUAAUGAUACCUCCCGAUAA